AUGGCCCACGCUAUGACAAUGAAGAAUGGUCAGCCGUUUGACCGCGCUUCACUCGAGUCUCUCAUGAAGCGACGCCUCUUCUAUACACCCGCUUUUGAUAUAUAUGGCGGCGUUUCUGGUCUCUAUGACUUCGGUCCGCCAGGCUGUGCCCUAACAAACAACAUUGUUGACAUUUGGAGGAAACACUUCGUUCUGAAGGAGAACAUGCUUGAAGUGGACUGCACCAUGCUUACCCCGUACGAAGUUCUCAAGACCUCAGGUCACGUGGAUAAAUUCGCAGACUGGAUGUGCAAAGACCCCAAGACUGGUGAAAUCUUCCGCGCAGACCACUUGGUUGAAGAGGUGUUGGAGUCUCGGCUGAAGGGCGACAGGGAGGCUCGGGGCCAGAAGGUCGAAGAAGAAAAGGACGACCCGAAGAAGAAAAAAAAGAAGGUUAAGAGCAUUGCGGCUGUGAAGCUGGAUGAUGCCCUGGUGCAGGAGUAUGAGGAAAUUCUGGCUAAAAUUGAUAACUAUAAUGGCGAAGAACUUGGCCUCCUAAUCAAAAAGUACGAUAUUAAGAACCCGGCCACUGGCAAUGAGCUCCAGCCACCGGUUUCUUUCAACCUGAUGUUCCAGACCUCCAUUGGCCCUUCUUCCAAUCUGCCUGGUUUCUUACGUCCAGAGACUGCGCAAGGUCAGUUUCUAAACUUCGCCAAGCUGCUGGAUUUCAAUCAACAGUCGAUGCCCUUUGCAUCCGCCUCUAUUGGCAAAUCCUUCCGAAACGAGAUUUCCCCACGAUCCGGCCUGCUGCGAGUUCGAGAGUUUUUAAUGGCAGAAAUCGAGCACUUCGUGGACCCAGAAGGCGGGAAGAAGCACCCCCUAUUCGACGAGGUAAAGGACGUGGAGCUGGAGCUCCUCAACCGGGAAGUCCAGCUAGCUGGCAAAACUCAUGUUGAGACCACAAAGAUUGGCAAGGCGGUUGAGACCGGUCUCGUUGAUAACGAAACCCUCGGUUACUUUCUUGCUCGCAUUCAGCUCUUCCUCCUCCGAAUUGGUGUCGAUCCAGCGAAGAUUCGUUUCAGACAACAUAUGGCCAACGAGAUGGCGCAUUACGCGACGGAUUGUUGGGAUGCGGAGCUUUUCACCUCGUACGGUUGGAUUGAGUGCGUCGGCUGUGCCGACAGGAGUGCAUAUGACUUGUCUGUUCACAUGAAGAAAACUGGUGCACCCUUGAUGGUGAGGGAACCUCGGAAAGAGCCACUUAAGAUUGAGGAAUACCAGGUCGACAUCGACAAGAAGAAGUUUGGUCCCAAGUUUAAGAAAGAUGGCAAGACGGUAGAAGCUGCACUGGAGGCUCUCACCCAAGACAUGCGGGAAAAGCUUUCGCUGGACCUGGAAAAGGAGGGCAAGAUCACAGUCGAGGUACCUGGCGUUGGCGACGGAAAGGUUGAAGUCCCCAAGGAGCUCAUCACUAUCGAAAAGCGGACACGAAUAGAGAAUGUUAGGGAAUAUACCCCCAACGUUAUUGAGCCAUCUUUCGGUAUUGGCCGAAUAGUCUACGCUCUUUGCGAGCACAACUACUGGACCCGUGCCGAAGACGAGGCUCGUGGUAUUUUGUCCUUCCCCCCAACAGUCGCACCAACAAAGGUCCUCAUCGUUCCACUGAGUUCGCACGCCGACUUUAAACCAUUCGUUCGUGUUUUGAACAACAGGCUCCAGGAAAUUGGCAUUUCCAGCCGAGUGGACGACUCUGGUGCAUCAAUUGGCAAGCGGUACUCGCGUAACGAUGAACUAGGUACUCCCCUUGGUAUCACCAUCGAUUUUCAAUCUGUCAAGGACAACACCUUUACAUUGCGCGAUCGAGACACGACACGACAAGUCCGCGCAUCCUUGGACGAGAUCUGCAAGGCUAUUUCGAAUCUAGUGAACGGUACCGAGGAGUGGGCAGAUGUAGCAUCGAGACUGCCAGCUUUCGAGGGUCAGGAUGUUGACUAG